AUGAACGAGGCCUGCGAGAAGCUUGUCCACUCGCGCCUCGACUCCGCCGGCCUAAACAAGGUCCUCCUCCCCCUCGGCACCAAACCCUCGCAGCCUCACAUCCCUAUCUUCGUCAGCAAAGACAUCAAAACUAAGUCCCGCGUGGUCCUUAUCUUCGGCGAAUCGUUCCAAGACCUGGGCAUACUCGCACACCGUGUCCUCAGUGGUCCAGGAGGCGUCAAUAAGGGCUCCCUAGUAUCCAUCGUCGAGGAGCUGCAAAAGCAGAACUCGUCCUCUACUGAUGCUUCGCCGCCGGGAAUCAUCAUUGCCAACAUGGGACAGACCAUUUGGUCGCCUGAGCUGAAGCGGCCGCUCACUAAAAUGGGUGCCACUGGUGCCAUCAUGCCGAGCGCGGUUCAUGGGGGGAUGUACAUUGACGAGGAGAAAAAUCGGAUCCCGGAGAAUCGAAACGAGAAGGAGCACGUCAAGUACAUCUUCGAGAAAGUCGUUCCUGCUAUGGUGAACGAUGAGGCGGGAGUAGAUAUUCUUGGAUUGGGCGAUGGGGCGGAUGCGGUAGAGGAAUACCUCGAUUGGAGUGUUACCUGGAACCGUUUGCAGGGAAAAAUCAACUGCUUUGCCAUUGUGGGCGGAUACCACCCUGUCAACGAGCUUCAAUGCGAAGGUCUGAAGACGUUCUUGCGAGAGAAAGCCUGUGCCUGGUCCACCUCCCUCGACCCUCUAGGAACCCCUAUCUCCGGCCCGGAUGGAAAUCCCGAUACCACCGCCUUCACAGGCCACGGCUGUCCGGUCCUCAGUGGCGGCGAGGAGAACUUUGUUGAGCGCCUGCUGAUCCACUCGCACCCGCAUGUCCUGGGCUGGCUGCAGACCGUAGCGCUAACCGAGCAGGAGGGCGGCUACAAGAAUCCGCAGGCUAUGUUUGACAUCACGUAUGCGGACCAGGAUACGUCCGGCGGUGACCCGGACUGGAGCAAGUGGGAGAACCUGCCACUUGAUCAGCAGUGUCCCGAUUUUGGUACGCCGGAUCCGAGGUUGGACCUCUCGGCUAAUGACCGAGGGUCUGAUGGUGAGGAUAGUGAUGCCGAUUAGGGUGCUUCGUGAGAGAGGAGGAGCGAUUUAAGGAUAGCAGUCUGCGGGGUUUAAAUUUCACAGCAUCUGGACUGAAAUUCAUACAUCACGAUGAAUAGUUUCGUAGACCAGUCCGGCGUAGUUGGUGCAUUCAUAACAACAGACCUUGCUGAGAAUUUUGGUAUGCAGCUGGAUCAUGGA